AUGGUUGGCACUGGAGGACGUGGAGGAAAUGGAGGUCUUGCAGUGAAUGGCACUGGUGGUGAUGGAGGUGAUGGUGGUGUGUGUUUCUUGGCUGGUGCUGGUGGUGCUGGUGGUGAUGGUGGAGAUGUCUCUUCCAAUGGAAAUGGUGGAAAUGGUGGUCGUGGUGCUGAUGGAUGUCCUGGACGCGAUGGUGGAAAUGGUGGUAGUGGAGGCUCCGGAGGCGCGCAGUCUGGUUCUGGUGGGCACGGGGGAGACGGUGGAGCUGGUGGAAUAGGUGCAAAUGGAGGUCGAGGUGGCUCGGGUGGGCCUGGUGGGGACGGCGGUAGAGGUGGCGAUGGAGGUGAAGGCGGUGAUGGAGGUGAAGGAGGCAAUGGGGGUGUUGGUGGAAAUGGUGGAGAUGGAGGAAAUGGUGGUCCUGGUGGCCGUGGAGGUGAUGGUGGAGAUGGAUUAAAUGGUGGUGUUGGAGGCCAAGGAGGAAGAGGCGGUGAUGGUGAAGAUAACGAAGACGGUGAAGAUGGACAAGACGCAGGAGAUGGUGGUGAUGGUGGGAAUGGCGGAGUAGGUAUCGACGGUAUUGGUGGUGAUGGUGGUGGAGCUGGAAACGGUGGGGUCGGUGGUGGUACUGAAGGUUCUUUCACAGGGGGUAGGGGUGGUUCUGGUGGCCAAGGUGGUGUUGGUGGUGCCUCGAGCGGAGGUCGCAAUGCUGGGAAUGGAGGGCUUGGUGGCAAUGCUGGCAUUGGAGGCUUUAACCCAAAUGGAACGGGAGGUGCCGGUAAUAAUGGCGGAAGCGGUGGUGCCGGUGGACUCGGCAAUUCUGGGAGCGAAGGAGGUCGUGGAGGACACGGAGGUGCUGGAUCAAGAGCAGGAUCAUUUGGGCGUGCGGCUGGUGGUAACGGUGGUGCGGGUGGGAAUGGUGGUCAAUCCACUGGUGCUAAUGGUGGUGAUGGGGGUACUGGGGGCAGUGUAAGCAGCGAAGGACUCAGAGUGACCGUAACUGGCGGUUUCCAGUAUAAUGGUGGCCGUGGUGGGGCAGGGGGUGCAUCAAUAGGUGGAGAGAGAGCUGGAAAUGGUGGAAAUGGUGGUGAUGGGGGCAUUCCUAACGAAGGCCAGCCUAGUGGAAGAGGAGGAGAUGGUGGAAAUGGUGGACAUGGAUCUAAUGGUGCUAAUGGUGGUGAUGGUGGUCUAGGAGGGAUCGGUGGUACAGGAAUACUUUUUAAUGGUGUUUUUCCAGGAGGCACCGGGGGAGAUGGAGGAGAUGGUGGAAAUGGUCUCAAUGGAGGUAACGGUGGAAAUGGUGGUGAUGGCGGAAUAGGUGAAUUUCGGGUUCCUGGAGGACUUGGUGGAGCAGGUGGUGAUGGUGGUGAUGCUAACACUGGUGAAGGUGGUACAGGUGGUGACCAGGGAAAUGGCGGUGCUGGUGGACCUGCAAUUGAACCUGGCCGAACAGGCCAGAAUGGUAAUGUUGGUAUGGAUGAUACUUAA